UUGAGCUGGGUCAUCGUUUCAGCUCUCAUGUCACCUCCUCCCUGAAGCUGUGAUGACGGUCCCACUCCUUCCUCAUGACCCGUCAUUAUCUGCACCUUUCCCGGGGGCCACUUGUCACGUUCUGCCUUACUUAGAGGUGCUACAUACAGGGUAAAGAAGAGCCAGAGGAGUUCUGUCCUCCAACACCUUACAUCACUCUGCAGACAAUUGGCAGUCAGGAGAGAGGCAGCUGCCACACUCUUCAGAUAUCUCUCUAUUUAAAGUUCAAAGAGACGCUGCAUGACAACAACAAAGAGGUGAGCGUGGCCCUGACCAACCCACCCAGCAACAGGAAGAAUGGCUGAAAAAGAAUCUACAAUAUCACGCCUACUGGUCCCUAUUCUUCUCUUGAUUGGCUGGAUUGUGGGCUGCAUCAUAAUGGUUUAUGUUGUCUUCUCUUAGAAAGGCAAGAAGACUUCAGACUGACGUCAUCUAGAAGAAUUAAGAAAAACAUGAACAUGACAGAUUAUUAAACAUUUCUCAUGUAAAUAA